AUGUCGGUGGGAAUCAGUGAAGAGAGAUCGCGAAAGAGGAGAAAGGUCGAAGCCGCUACCAUCACCAGCGCAGGUCAACUUCACCAAAUUCUACAAUUUUCGCCGUCUUCAUCUCCAGAGGACAUUAAAGCAGACUUUCUGUCUAACCUCGCCAACGAAGAUUUUCCGGGACGGAUCCAGUAUAUCAAGAUCUUGAAGAAGUACUGCGAUGAGCAAUCGUCGGCUUCCCACGAUCAAGUCGACUUCCCUGAUCUCUUGUCUGCGUGGCACAAUGCGAGUCAGGCCAACGCUGAAGUCGUUCUCGCCGCCAUUCCUCGGUUGCUUACACGAUUCUUCGAGACGAUCUCCAGCCAUGUCGACUUCCGCGAUUUUGGAAUCUCCCUGUGCCACAGUCUCCUCAAACGGGAUCAACUACGGAUAUUCGACCGAGCAUUAUCGUCACCGAGAUCCAAGGAACAUCUCAUCACACCGAGUUUACAGCUCUUGACAGAGAUCAUCAGCUUCGAUGGCGGCGUGCUUGCAACCAAUGUCUUCAGUCGACGCGAUUUGCUAUACCGGCGGCUUGAUGGUAUUCUCAGCCAGACGCCGGCAACAAUGGCGCAGGGAGCCACGAUAACUGCAUAUCAGGCGGCUUUGGAGUUCGUCCUGGCAAAUCUAAAGUACCUCGACUCCGCCUCCAAAGCCGAGUUCAUUACACAUGGCAAGACGAUCUUAUUGGCAGUGCGCAAUUUGUCCAGCUUGCCUAUGGGUAUUGUCACAAAAACCCUGAAGAGCUUGGAGACGUCAGUUGUUGGCGAUGGUACCCUGAGCCGGCAGAUCAAGGUUCGAAGUUUCAAUUCUGGUGUCUUGUCAGCGCUCGCCAAGCUGUAUGACUACACCACCAGCGAAACUGGCGAUCCUUCAGUGGAAGUUCGAGAUGCUCUUCAACAGCUGUUGAUGCAAGUCUGCACAACAUCGAAGGGAGUGUUACUUGGCCAAUCCGGGUGGUAUCCGACCGGUUCAAAUCCCGAAGUUUCGGAACAAGAUGAGAACAUGAUCGAUCUGGGACUGGACUCUCCCUUCUACUUUGACGAUUACUCGGAGAGAAUCCCAAUCAAGAACGUGGCAAUCUCUGCCUUCAUUCAGAAUUUGAGACCCGAAAGCGACGUCCAGCAGGCUAACCUGAUCGUCGCAAUAUUCAAGGCUGCCCCUGAACUUGUGGCCGACUAUUUUACAAAGAAACAGAGAUUCCUUGUCCCACCAGGAGAUGACCCGAAAUGGCGCGGACAGUUCGCCUUCUUGUUCUCCGUGGUUCAGCUGCCCGUGCCUCCCAACUGUGGUUGGGACGAAAAGCUGCCACGGACUCCGCCUCCUUUAUCGGUUGUCAUUGAAAGUAUCCUCCCACGCCCAUUCGAUCGAGCCACGAUCGGAAAGUGCCUUCGGAUUAACGAAGAUAUCAUGACCAUUUCUGCAGCGCGGUUGUUGACAGUGGCUUUCGAGAAGCUUGAUUCGGUCUUGAAACUCUUUGACAGGGCAUCGGCGCAGUCCCAUUUAUGGCAGCAAGCAUCCCGCAAACUGACAAGUCUAUUUGUCGAGCGUAUCCCACCCCUGCCCGAUGUCGUUACCACCCUUCAAAAGCUGCAAGACGAAAACGAGCAAGUCCGUUCCUUAAUCCUCGAAUGCAUAGCUUCAUACCACGCCAUUCUACCCUCGAUAACCGCGAAUUCAAAGUUUGAUUUUGGUGUUCCAUUAGGCAAAAGGCUCCAACGUCUAGAAUCCGAUGAUCUGAACACCACGUCAAGGGAUGUCCUAGGGACACAGAUAGCGCACCUUGUGCAGAUUGCAUACACCUCGCCAGCAACAAAGUGGUUUCAUAAGACGGCGUCAGAAGAGGUGUCCUUGAUUGUGCAGCUGCUCAGAUACGGUGCCCAAGACUCCCGCACGAACGUCACGAAAGAAACUCUCCCUGUCCUCGGAGGAGUGUUGAUCGACAAGGGAGUAUUGAACGAUGACGCUCGAACUACGGAAGCAUUGAUAUUGAGCCUUAACGCGACAAAGAAAUGGCACCCGGAGCUAGUCACAUAUCAGUUUCUGGACAACUGCAUAUCGCGCACCGUUCAGAGGCCCGUCAAGUAUCUAGAUCAACUCGAACAAGCUCAGCAGCUUUUGUCCGACUCGAAGCCUUUGAGCUUGCUCGCAUGCUGCGUGGCGGAGCAGUGGGCCCAUUUGUUGAAAAAGGCAGAAAAGAAAGCCAUCAAGAACGUUGCAGAAUGGAUUGCCAGGUUCUUCUCUGCACUUGACUCGGCAGGCGAGAAUUAUCGUGUCAUGAUGCACUUGAAGGAAGAGAUGUUGGGGCAGAGUGAUGGCAACGAGAAGGGCAAAGAAGCACUAGAAAAGGCCUUUGAGAAGCAGCGAAAGAGACCCGUUGUUUUGCCCAAGGAAGAUGUUGUGGAAGGGGAUGCAAAACACCCUGAGGCUUCCGACCACAGUGAACUGAACCCAGAGCAACAGCAGCAUAGCAACCUGGAUAUCGCUGAAAACUUUCCGCCGCCACCCGUCUUGCCAACGUCCGUAAGUGGCCUCGAUCGCUGGGCGAAACCUGACUUCGAAUCCGAGGUUCAAAGCGGGCGCCUAGCCAAUCUGAUCCGUUGUCUCGUCUCUCCGGAGCCCGAAGUCAGACUUCAAGCCUUGCAGAUUCUCCAACAUGUCAUCCACGCUGUCCAGCAGUCCACCUACGACGAGAAGACGCAACUCUGGCUCCUCCUGGGAGAACUGUACGAGACGAUCAAAAGCAAUGGUUUCUCAAACUCGACGACUACCGUAACAGCUCCAGUGCACUCCAUAGUGGCAGAACUAGCAAUCCACUUCCUCCCCGUCAUCGCCGACCCGUCGUCCCCGUUCUACCGCAAGACCAACACCUUCCUCCUUCGUGGCCCUCAGUGGUCUGUUCCACAUAUUAUCCCUUACUGGCUGAAGGAGACCUUCCUCACGGAACCGGAGAUGGACGAUGCAGACAUGCGCGCGAGCUCUAACCAAGUGAUAAGUGGCGGUGGUGGGAACGUCAAUGCUCAGGCUCAUGAAAUCGAGCGCUUUCUCGACCUCCUCCUCAACUCUCUGCGCACCGAGGCCGAUAUGGACUUGUUCCGCCGCGCACAGGUCUUUACGCGACUAUUCUCGUACUACCUGUCGCCCGUCUGCACCAAAUCCGCGCGGAAGAAGAUCUUGAGGGUCGUCGAGCUCGCUACGCGGAUCAAAGGUGGGAGUGACACGCUCAUCACCCGGACCGGGGUCAGAGAGUGGCUGUCCAUCGCCAAGACGCUCAGAGGCCACAGCGGGCAUGGCGUCGCCGCGUUCGGGAAGGUGGACGACGAGAUGGUCAGCUGGGUCGAGGCUGUAGGGGCACGCGUGGCACAGACUUGUGACGUCGCAGCGGUCCGCCAGUGGGAGGCCAACAGGAGGAUUUUUAGGGAAGUUGAGGAUGGUGCCAGGCUUGACGGAGAAGUAGCCGUCACGGGCGAGACAGGGAAACGAGAUGUUGUGGGUAAAACUCGGGUGGAUGGCGUGGCCGAGGACGAGGGCGAAAGCGAAAGUCAGAGCGAGAGCCAAAGUGACACCGACACCGACACCGACACCGACACCGACACCGACACCGACACCGACACCGAAUCGGAGACAGAGACGGAAACCGACAUGGACAACGACACCGAGGACAAAGAAUGA